AACUGAUCUGCAGGGCAACUGAGUUUUGAUUGGAGCAUUUUGUCCACUCUCAACGAGUCAGCUUUUUACAGUACACUACACUAUUAAUAGGCACAAUGACCCCUCAAACAAAAGGGUCAGUUUGUAGUGGUGCCUCCAACAAGCUCAAGCCAGAACUGUGUACUCGCAAAAAAAAAAAGGGUAGGAAACCAACAGCAGGCUUUACAGCUAACCUGACACUGCCUAGGUGGUUCUUUGUGCAACGGCAUCACAGACCUCUUCGGGUUCACACGUAAAGGAUCAGUGAGCAUUGAAAAGGCUCAUUAUGGAAGGCACCAGAGGACACAUUUUGCAGCUAAUGGUGAUGGGCGUUUUGCUGGGCACGGCCUUCCCAGUACACAGGGCCGUCCAGACACCUGAGUAUGACGACACCUCCACGCCUGAGAUCCUGAACCCUUCCUGGAUGGCCACCAUCCCUGACAUCUACUCCCUAUCGGAUGUGACGAUGCCCGGCACACACAACACCAUGGCCCUGUACGGCGGCUCACUGUCCGAGUGUAACUCCUGGUCCCUCGCUUUCCAGCUGCGCGCCGGGAUCCGCUUUCUGGAUAUCCGUGUUCGGCAUGCGAAAGGAAACUUGACCAUCCACCACGGAAUCUCGUAUCAGUAUGCUCACUUUGGGGACGUGUUGAUGGACGUGGUGGCUUUCCUGAGAGAGUAUCCUUCGGAAACCGUGCUGAUGAGGCUGAAAGAGGAGUUGAGUAACACGCGGGAUAUCUACGGGGCAGUUGUGCGCUACAUUAAUGAAUAUGCGCACUGGGACCUGCUGUGGCAUAGUCGCGAGAUGCCCAGCAUGGGAGAGGCGCGAGGAAAGCUAAUCGUACUGCAAGACUUCACCGGCCCUGACCUGGGUAUACUCUACAACUCACUGGACAUAGCAGAUGACUGGAAGGUAAGCACACACUUGAAACACUUUGAUGAAGCCAUGGAGCUUGCUUGUGGUCUGGCUGAAGGAGCUCAGCGUGAGGAAGACACGUGGGAAUAUCACUUGGAAGAGGCCUUUGAGAGGAAGCUCUCCAAGUAUGCAGGACUGGUCAGCGACUGCAAGCAGGCAGGAUGGAGAGCGAGGUGUAUCCCAGUGGAGGUUGGAUGUAGGGGAUUUGCAACACGUUUCUUAGCCAGUGCCUACAUAGAGCUGGGUGUUCAGGGAGUCAGCAAGAGAUCGGCUUUCUGCAGUACCACUGAAGCAGCAGAGAGGGCUUCAAAGUGGCUAUGGCUCAAAAGAGGAGAGCCAUGGAGUGCUAAGUAG